GGGAUAAUACUGCCAUCUGCUAAAAAUGGAUAUGGACACCUACCAGUGGCCAGUAUCGACCAACAUGAAAUUAACUGAUAGCGCAACAUUUAUCAUAAACCUCAACAAUCUACCAAAGUACAUCUCAAAAACUGUGAACCCUACCUUUGAUAUACACUUGACAAUAUUACGUAAUCUGACGGGCUCUACAAUCGCAAUCAUAACUUCAAAAGACUUCGAGAAUGGCAGCACAGAGAUUGAGGUCACGCCGAUCUCGGUAAAGGCUGAAUUCUCUAUACACGAUAAUCAAUCGAAUGCUUACAUCAACAAUAACAACUACUAUUGGGUCGACAACACGUUCUACAACCAACAUAAGCAUCAGUUGGGUGUGCUCGAAAAGACAGACGAUUGCAUAUCCAUCAGUUUGCUUACGACGCUAGAUGAGAAUAUUAAACAACUCGCUAUACUGCUCUUAUUAUCAUCUGUUAUAUAUCAAGAGCGAUCUACUCGCACGAAAAAGUUCAAAUGGCCAACAAUCAAACACAAACCGCUAGCUAAAGUUGGUUAAAACGCAACUUUUAAGUUAUCAACCUUCAAAGCUUCUAGUUUCCUUAUCUUCAUCUAUUUAUUCGCUAUCAAAUGUUGUUGUAACACAAAAAUGUAUAAUUUACUUCCACUGUGUUGUUUUUUUAAAUCAGGUGGCGUCUUUAGAUUGUUAAGCUAUCAACUCACAUAAUCAAACUUAGAGUAGAAGACUUCACUAUCUGUUGUUUCUUCCCGUGCACCUCUACGUCUGUCUAUACUCUUUUCAUACUCCCUUCUGUAGAUUAAGUCUUCUCGCAACCAUCCGAGGGCUAAUUUCAACAGCGGUGAAGCUUCUAUACUAGAACUCUUAAUGAUCUCAUGUAGCUUUGAACCUUCCUCUAAAGGCCAUUUCUCUGGGUUUCCGAUGUUGCUACCCAAUCUAAGGUGUAAGACAUGAGUUGGGAAGUCAAUUAGUCCAUCAACUAGAGGGACAAUUAGAUAGACUGG